GAGUGCGCACAGGUGCUUCGAGAUGAGAGUUUCGGAGGCGGAAACCUGCUGGUUCAGUAGACGAAAGCCUCUCCUUAUAAAUGUGUCUGUGCAUUCGUACGUUUCUGGAGAAUAGCUGAAGAAGAGUCAAGAUAUUUGUCAGGAGGGGCAGAGGAAAAAUUAAACUUUUUAGAGGUGGGAGAUGUGAGGAGACAGCACAGCCUGCCCGUGCGUAAAAUGGAUACUGCUCUGACCCUUUGAAGGAUUGCUGUCACAGUUGUUGCAAGUGCUCCACCACUGAAGGGGAAGACACUGAUCCGUCCUGUGGGUUCAUAUCUCUGCACAGUCAAGAGUUUAUCAUCUACUCUUGGUUUGGGUCGUUAUAAGUGUCCUCGCCACCUGUUCUGUCUCAGCUCCCUCCUCCAGUCCAAAGAUGACAGAAAGGACCCCAUGGUGGAAGGCAUUCUUGCCAAAGAGGAAGACUGGAGGCUCAAAGGACACAGGUUCAACCAACCCUUUUGGCGCAGACUUUGACCCUUUUGCACAACGUCCUGAGAGGCCAAAAGACCCCUCAGAAGCAUCCUCCAAGACCACUGGUGACCAGUCCCUGUCUCCACAAGAGUCCAACAAGAGCUCCAGCCUCCUCAGUGAUGAGACCUACGACGACUCCCACCUGGAGUCGGUCUUCAACGAACAGACGUGUCGCAGAAACAUGAAGGUGUCACGCUCAGGUCGAUUUAAAGAGAAGAGGAAGGUGCGUUCGAGCCUUCCUAUAGAGGAGAAAGACACAGAGAAUGUGGCAGCGGGGAAAGAGGACAGUCGGUGAUGGUGAGGAGUAUAUGAAGAUGCCUGUUACAUGAAGAUGCUUGAUUCUCUUGAGGCAUAUCAAGAGGUCUGCUGUAUGUUGGUGAUGAUGAAGAUGACAAGGAGCAUUCAACUUUUAGCCCAAUACUGCAGGAAUGAGGUUAUGUGGUAAACCUGCGAUGCAGCUGUUUAAAUAAGACAAAAAAUAUUGGAAAAUUUGGACAUUUGUUGAUGGACUUGUGCCUGAAGGCCACAGAAACAAUAAGUGACUUUAAAAUGGAAUAUUUAUUUAUUCCAUGUGAUGGUUAUUGAGCCAUUUUGCCAACAAUAUCCUACAAAAAAUGCCCAAAAGAAAAGAUAAAGUAGUAAUGUAGUGAGCACUUCAGAGCCCCAAAAUGAGGUUACUGCACCACAGUUUCCCUCUUUCAUAAAUUGACCUACGAUCCCAAAAACAAGUGCACAUUCCUCAGAAUACUUAAGAGAAGGUGUGAUAUGCUUCAGGAAAAUAUUGUUCAUAAGAUAUUAACAUGAUUUCUGUAAUAAGAUUAAUAUAUAUUUGAAUGAAGGAUGCUCCUUUUUACAAAUGCUUUUACAAAAAUAUUGAUUCUAAAGGAUUAUUAGAAGGAUGUUUAUGAAGGUGUAAAUAAUUUAAUAUUAUGUGUGGGGGAAAAAUCUGCUAUACUGGAAUACAUUAAAUAAUAAUUGUGAGCAGCUUUUAGUCAGAUAUACAAAUGUACUUAUGAUGAGAAGGAGUAAACACUUGCUGGCUAAACGCACAAAUAAUUUGUAUGAAGGAUAUUUUAUACAACAUAACAGGUCCUAAACAAAGCUACUGAUAUUGAAGUAAGAGGAUAACAUAUCCAGCUGAUGAGAUAUGGCCAAGAUAUGCUAUGGAAGUCUGAUCUGGUCUCUAAUGUAGUUUGAGCAGUAUGUAGGACUACUGUAUUUUUGGCUCACCUGUGAAUACUUAAAUGAAGGCGAAAAUCUGAGAAAUAAAUCUGAUAACUGCUG